CUCCUUCAAAGCCUCCUAUUCACUGUGUUUUUAAUUAUUUACCUAAUCAUUUUAUUAGGAAAUAUGGUAAUCAUGAUGGUCAUAAGAACUGAUCUCCACCUGAACUCUCCUAUGUACUUCUUCCUCUUUCAUUUAUCCCUUGUUGACAUCUGUUAUGCCACUGCUGUUGUUCCAAAGAUGCUUGUGAAUUUCCUUGUGAAAGAAAGCGUAACAAUUGCUGUCAGUGCUUGUAUGACUCAAAUGUUCUUCAUCUUCCUCUCAGCUGGCUGUGAAAUUUUUAUGCUUUCAGUAAUGGCAUAUGACCGAUAUGUGGCCAUCUGUAAUCCACUGAAGUACCAAGAGGCUAUGAGCAAACAUUUCUGCUAUCAGCUG